AUGCAUGAAGUCGGUUGCGAACGUUGCUGCCAACGGGAGAGAUUCAAGGGCAGCUAAUUGCUGGCUCAGAAAAGCUCACAUCCCACAAGGGGAGAAUCGCUGCCGCCGUAGCUGCUGUUGCUGCUCUCGCUGCUGAAAUACUGGCAGGAUCAUCAUGACAGAACCAAGCAACAGAAAAGAAGGAUUUAAAAAAUGCCGGAGUGCCACUUUCAGCAUUGAUGGCUAUAGCUUCACAAUUGUUGCGAAUGAGACUGGUGACAAGAACGCUCGGCCACUUGCACGAUUCGCUCGAUCAAAAUCUCAGAAUUGCCUGUGGAGUACCAUUAUUGGUGGGCUUACGGGAAAUCUUAAGGAAAAACAGAAACCAACUAUCAUCCAUGACCCAAGGCCUCCUGAAGAAAUCUUAGCAGAUGAGCUACCCCCUGUGGAGAGUCCUGACGCACUAGUGAAAACCUCAUUCAGGUUGCGAUCUUUGGUGAAGCAGCUAGAGAGAGGAGAAGCUUCUGUGGUUGACUUAAAAAAGAACUUGGAAUAUGCAGCUACCGUGCUUGAAUCCGUGUACAUUGAUGAAACCAGGCGUCUGUUGGAUACAGAAGAUGAGCUCAGUGAUAUCCAGUCAGAUUCUGUGCCCUCGGAGGUACGGGAUUGGCUGGCGUCCACCUUCACACGGCAGAUGGGGAUGAUGCUGAGAAGGACUGAGGAAAAGCCACGGUUCAGAAGCAUUGUCCAUGCAGUCCAAGCUGGGAUAUUUGUGGAGAGAAUGUAUAGGCGAACAUCCAAUAUGGUAGGACUUAGCUACCCACCGGCUGUAAUUGGAGUGCUAAAGAAUGUAGACAAGUGGUCCUUUGACGUAUUUGCACUGAAUGAUGCUAGUGGGGACCAUGCGCUGAAAUUCAUUUUCUACGAAUUGCUCACACGCUAUGACUUGAUCAGCCGCUUCAAGAUUCCAAUUUCUGCCCUUGUCUCCUUUGUGGAAGCCCUGGAAGUUGGCUACAGCAAGCAUAAAAAUCCAUAUCACAACCUAAUGCAUGCAGCAGAUGUCACACAGACUGUUCAUUACCUCCUUUUCAAGACGGGCGUAGCACACUGGUUGACAGAGCUGGAAAUCUUCGCUAUGAUCUUUGCAGCUGCCAUCCAUGACUAUGAACACACUGGAACCACCAACAACUUUCAUAUUCAGACACGGUCAGAUACAGCCAUUCUUUACAAUGACCGGUCUGUGCUAGAAAAUCAUCACCUUAGUGCAGCGUUUCGCCUCUUGCAAGACGAUGAGGAGAUGAACAUUUUGUCCAACCUCUCCAAGGAUGAUUGGAGGGAAUUCAGGACUCUGGUGAUUGAGAUGGUGCUGGCUACAGAUAUGUCCUGUCACUUCCAGCAAAUCAAAGCCAUGAAGAAUGCACUGCAGCAGCCAGAAGGAAUCGACAAACCAAAAGCCUUAUCACUGAUGUUGCAUACUGCCGACAUCAGUCAUCCUGCCAAGGCAUGGGACCUCCAUCAUCGCUGGACCAUGUCGUUGCUUGAGGAGUUUUUCAGACAGGGUGACAAAGAAGCAGAACUCGGCCUUCCUUUCUCCCCUUUGUGCGAUCGCAAAUCCACCAUGGUUCCUCAGUCUCAAAUAGGUUUUAUUGAUUUCAUUGUGGAGCCCACUUUCACUGUGUUGACUGACAUGACAGAGAAGAUUGUAACGCCUCUCAUUGAAGAAGCCACCCACUCUGGCAUGACAGGGUUUAGGCGUUCCAGUCUGAAUAGCAUCAGCCCCUCAGAAGUUAAAAGAUCAAGUGUCAAGAGCACUGGAUCAGAAGGAAGUGCCUCACUCAACUGUUCCAUACUCACUGUGGACUUCAAAUGUUUUAAAACCACCUGGACCGAGGUGGUGCAGCAGAACCGAGAGAAGUGGAAAGCAAAAGCAACCAAAGAAGAAAAAGCCAAGAAAGAAGCAGAGGAGAAUGAUCUACAGGGUACGGAUGACGCCAAAACAGAUGAAAACGAAGGGAAAAAGCACACUGAGGAACCCACUGCCACCAAGUCAGAGAAGAUUAAAGAAGGGAAUUCAGGAGAGAGUAAGAAGAGCACGGAAGCCAGUAAGAGCAAUGUAAAUGGGACUCGUCAGAAUGGUGGUAGCAAACAGGAACCUUCUCAAGGGAAAAACGUAACUCAGGUGGAAAAGGAGACAGAGUCCAAACCAACAGCAGGAGACCAGAAGCGGCAUGCACAGAAUGAUACAGAAGAGUAAAUCAAAUCACACACACAUAUGUAAUCAAAAAGAGACUUCAAAUUUCUAUCAUCAUUUUAACUGAUCUUCAUUCUUCUUCUCCUCCUUCCACAAAGACCUGUUUCUGGGGAGGGCAUUACGCAGUUUUCCAAGACACUGUUUCUUUUCCUCCUCCCACUGGCUACUUCACAGUUAAUGACUC